GGUGUGGGGACCAUUCCACCGCCCAGAAGCACGCAUAGACCUACUCUUACCGAAACCAAACCCAUAUCCAUCUCCCCUCUAUUUCUCAUCUCAAUCUAACCCUAACCCAACACCCUCCUCACGAUCCUUCAAAGACCAAGACCUCCCCAUCCCCAUACCUAUUUUCUCUCCUCAUCUCCUCCUCCUCCUCCUCCUCAACACAAAAUUAACCUUAAUUUCCCUGUACCCUCAACAGUCAAGGCUGAAGAAGCAGCAGCAUGCCAAAUCAGCUCCGAUUUUGUGGGUGGCACCAGAAAUCUGCUCAGCAACUCCAUCCUUUCCGCUCAAUCAUGGUUCACUUGACAAGGUAAACAACUAAAAGCAACCCCAAAAGAGAGACAGCCCAAGUCUUCCUUUACCUUUUCUUUGCUAGCUCCUCAUCCCACUUUCUCUCUAUCCUUUUGAAUUUGUCUACUCAACACAACCUUUUAGCUCUUGCUCUAGCUAGGUAGCCAGCACUCAUUUCUAUUCUCAAUUUCUUGCUACUUUCUUGGUUCUGUGCUUUUGGAGGGAAAGAAUAAGGUUGUUUUGUUUUCUAAGUAGUGAAAAUUUAAACCUAACGAUAUGAACACCCAUUCCCUUCCCCCUCCUUUCCAUUCGAGAGAUUUCCACCUGCAUCACCAGCAGCAGCAUCCUCAGUUCCUCCACCAGCAACAGAAUUCCGAAGACGAGCAAACAGGAAGCAGUGGCCUUAACAAAGGACAGAAGAGAGAGCGGGAUAUCGACAACGACAGCGGUGGCAAUGGAGGCGAAUUAGGCAAAGAGCUCAAUGUCACCAUGUCCGGUGGUGAUGGAUCAGAAAUGACGAGAAGGCCCCGAGGGAGACCUGCCGGAUCCAAGAACAAGCCUAAGCCCCCCAUCAUCAUCACCCGGGACAGCGCCAAUGCGCUCCGCUCCCACGUCAUGGAGAUUGCCGACGGGUGUGACAUAGUGGAGAGUGUCGCCACCUUUGCUCGCAGGCGCCAGAGAGGCGUCUGCAUUAUGAGCGGGACCGGCACAGUCACGAAUGUGACCCUCAGGCAGCCCGCCUCCCCAGGCUCCAUAGUGACCUUGCACGGUCGAUUCGAGAUCUUGUCACUGGCGGGAUCAUUUCUUCCCCCACCAGCCCCGCCUGCCGCGACUGGCUUGACCAUAUAUCUGGCAGGAGGGCAAGGGCAAGUAGUAGGGGGAAGCGUUGUGGGGACGCUAAUUGCAUCUGGCCCCGUUGUCAUCAUGGCAGCUUCGUUUAGCAACGCGGCAUAUGAGCGGCUUCCACUAGAGGAAGACGAGGGUCAACUGCCAAUGCAAGGUGGAGGUGGAAGUGUUGGUUCUCCAACCGGAGCUGGUCAUCAGAACCAGCAGCAACAACUUUUGGCUGAAGCUGCGAACUCAAAUGCACCUCUUUUUCAUGGGUUGCCUUCCAAUCUUCUGAAUUCCAUGCAAUUGCCAGCCGAGGCAGCGUACUGGGCGACCGGCCGCCCGGCAUUCUAACCACCGGACCAGCCCUUGGAUCAACAGGAGAGUUCAUUUGCUUUGUCAUCAUCACCUACGUAUGUUAUACCAAGAUGUGUCAUCACCGACUAUGUAGCUAGGUAGUGCCUAGCUAUAUGGAUCCAAGAAGAAUUUGGGUUUGUGGUCGAUCAGCAUUUCAGAUUUUUAGUAUGUUUUCCUUCUUUUUUCGAGUUGGUUUUUAGCAUUAAUUAAUAUUCGAUGAUUAGAUUACGGACAUGUUUGAUUGAAAGACUGUAUAUUUCAUGGAUUAUUCUUGGUGAGUUUUUGUCUAGUGAAAUGUACUAUUGCCAGAGCUUUGUUUAAUAUGAAGAGGAACAACAUCCAAGAAGAACAAUCUAUUUUCAAGAUAGCUUGUUAUUUUAGUUAA